GAAUUGUCACUUUUGGCAUUUUAACAUCUAUGAUAGUCUGCGGAUAUUUGCCAUGGAGGAUGUUGGUAUCGACUUCAGCUGGGCAGCCCCUGAGACAUUAUAUAAAAAGUAUCAUAAAUGAUAUGAUUUCAGACUCUGUCCAAAUCGAUAAAAUACAAUAUCAACUGACUGAGAACAUACAUAAUCUGGAGAAUAAAAUAUCAAUCGAAGGAAAGAAACGGGGAGAAAAACUUAAGAGGGAAGUUGAAAUUCCGUAUUGCAAAUCGUUUGAAAACUUGACUUUCAAGGAAUCGUUAACCGAAACCGUAAAGAUAGUGAACAGUUACAAUUUUACCCAUAUCGAUAAAUAUCUUCAACGUUUGCAGUUGGAUACAAAGGGGAUAGUCCACUUGACACAACAAAGGGAGAACUCAACAGCCCCCACCAUUGUGUCAGGAUUUUCAGACAAUCAUUACGACGAGGCAAUUGGUCUCUUCAACUCCAUUAACAACCCUGUUCGGAAAAUGUACCCUGAUUUAAAAUUUGUAGUAUUUGAUCUAGGAUUGACUGAAGAACACAGGAAAACUGUACAGAAAUUAUGUAACUGUGAUGUCAGGAGGUUUCCAUUUGAAAAUUAUCCAUCUCACUUGAAAUUCCUCCGGGGUUUCACAUGGAAACCCGUUAUAAUACAGAUGAUGCUGCAAGAAUUCGAUUUUGUUAUGUGGGUCGAUUCAUCUGUUCGAUUAAAUAAGAAUGUUGAUAGACUAUUCGAAAGAGCUAGGUACUUCGGGAUACAGGUUGUUGGUGGAUAUGGUUCUAUAGCAGUUCGCACACACAAUACUCUGUUUGACUUUCUGAAAGAGGAGCCGUGCUUGUUUAACUAUCCAGAAGUACAAGGUUGUUGGGUCGCAAUAAAGCGGUCUCUUUUCACAUUAAAGGUGUUGUUACAGCCCUGGGUAUCAUGCGCACUUCAGUAUGGUUGUAUGGAUUUUCCAUACUCAAAAGCGUUUCUUACGUGUUCGAGUAUGACCCAUAUUUUCCAUUGUCAUAGAUCUGACCAGUCUGUUCUCGGAAUCCUGCUUACUAGAUUAUUUCACGUAAACAGGCAGCUUUUCGUUUUCAAUGAUGGCGAAUUUGGUAAUGUGAGAAGAGGUAGCAUUGAAAAGUUUAUACAACAGGAUAGUGGACAUGCAUAA